AUGAACUGGACAGCCAUCGCCAGUUGCUUGGGUGUGAGUCCUAAAACUCUUCACAGAAGAAGAAUAGAAUAUGGCAUAGCUGACACUUACAGUGACAUCACAGGGCAGGAACUUCAAUGGAAUAUUAGAGAUAUUCUAAGAUUGACACCCUUCUCAGGCGAAACCUACGUACGAGGGGCUUUGCGUGCUAGGGGUAUCCAUAUCCAAAGAUGGAAAGUUAGGGAAGCAUUGAAAACUAUUGAUCCUGUUAACCGUGCUAUAAGGCGGAGAUACGCUAUCCAAAGGCGUCUGUAUAAUGUAAGGAAACCAAAUCGUCUCUGGCACAUUGAUUCGAACCACAAACUCAUCAGCUGGAGACUUGUCCUCCAUGGCUGUAUUGACGGAUAUAGCAGGGCUAUAAUCUAUGUGAAGUGUUUCACUAACAGUCUUGCACAUACAGUUUUGCAAUGUUUUGUCAAUGGGAUGAAAAAAUUUGGACUUCCCUCCCGCGUACGAGGGGACAGGGGCGUAGAAAAUGUAGAUUUUGCUCGAUUUAUGAUUGCAAAUAGAGGUCUACCGAAUAGAGGUCUACCGUGCUAUAAGGCGGAGAUACGCUAUCCAAAGGCGUCUGUAUAA